CCAGGUCUUCCGCUACUAUAAUAUCGCCGACGCACUCACUAUCGCCGACCUUGUCGCCAACAAUAUUGACGAUCACUUGAUUGUUAAACCCAUUACGACAAAAGCACCUUCCGCGCUCGAGCUGAUCCGCAUUUUUUUGCACAUGGUUUUGACUUUCCCAAAAUGUCCAAUAGUGGUGGUACUUUGACUCUUCCGUCACCUACGCACCCACAUCAUCAUCAUGUGGAUGUACAAGCUGGACUACGAUCAUUGAGAAGGUCACUUUCCCGAUCACCCUCAAAAUUUUCUCUGGCUCGGACUGCUUCUCAAAGUAGCUCUGACGCAGGGUCCUCACCUUCGUCCCCGUCAAUUAGGCGCGUACAGUCCCAAUAUUUUGGGCAAAAUACACCUUCCGGAAACCAACCACACACUCAGUCGCCAUUGGCAACGCCUUUUAGACCCAGUGUGAGAUUGUCAUUAAGGUCUGGAAAGUCAACAAAGAAUCCCGCUGCAACUUCUAACACAAACAAAACAUUUUCUCGACAUCGCACAUCUCCCCGGAGCCCCUCUCGAAGAGCUCUGAGUCAAGUUUCCACUUCUAUAAAUUCCGUCCCACCUACAUCAUCAUUAUUAAUUGAUUCUGUGUCUUCUGGACAAGAGAAUCUAAAUAUCGCUCGUACUCGCAGCCCUGCGACUCGUAAGGCUGCUGAGAAGGUCGCGAAUCGACAUAGUAUGCACCUUGAUAUGACCGGUUCAUCUUCCCAAUUCAAUAUGGCGCGAUUUAACGACGCGAAUAAAACCAACAGUAAUAGCGGCGCCGCUUCUAACAUUUCGAGUACUUCUAUUGCGAGUCCGCUGAAGCGCAGCGAUGCUACUAUGAACCUCGAUCAGUCUCUUUCGGGAAGCCCGAAGGCGAAACGUCGUAGCUGUGGUCCUUCAAGCAUGACUCUUGAUUUUAAUGUCUUCGAUCAUGGUUCUUCUUCACCAGGCAUGGAAACCCAGGAUGACUCGGCUCGCGAAUACGAUUGGACUACUUCUUCGACCCAUGUUUCUGAGCCAUUAACACCAUCGCAUCCAGGAACGCGUAGAGCUGGCUCUCUUCGAAAAUCAACACUCCAGCAACGCGAGCGAAUAUCAUGGGGUAAACGCUAUGCUUCCCAGCAAUUAUCCCAAAAUUCAGGAGAUGCGACUACGCCUCAACGUGAGCGAACAUCAUUAGGGAGACGACAGAUGGUGCAACCGCUUGGACAAGGUCCCACCGAGACCAUGACGCCAAAUGCAAAGAAUCGCCCGCGAUUGUCCCUGGACCACUUCGUACCUCCCACUUCGCGGGAAAGUCCAUUCGGCACACCUGCCGCGCUGCCGAAUCCAUCGGCGCACAUGCUAAAUCAACAAGCCCACCAGCCGCACCCGCUUUCCCGUGCGAUGACUACUUCUUCCUCAAAUUCGAGUAUGUCUCAUGAGUCACCGACGCAUUUUCCGAUGCCAGUUGCUGAAAAGUCGAGAGCUCCCAUGAAUUUCUCCAAGAGUCUGCCUAUUGGUUCUCGCCCACAGCUUGAGAGGCCAAGUCAAGCCAGCGUUUCGACGCCGGAUUACAAGCAUGAAAAGCCAUAUGAGGGAGCUUUCGCAUCGACUGGCUUGGUAUCAAAGAUGAAUCGCAACCCGGAGUUAGCACUCCCUGGCCGAGGAUACGGGAACGUUCCCGACACGCCCUGCAAGAAGCAUCCAAGCGGCUUCGCUACUUACCCGCCGCUUCCCUUAACGGGUAAUGCCAAAGCCAGAGGUAGGCAUAUUCGACACACAUUCGGCAUUCCGUCGACGCCUUUUGACAUUAGCACGCCGAACCGAUCAGCGAACCUUUUCAGCGACCAGACACGACCUGUACUCUUCGGUGGAUUUCCGGGCCACUCCCGAAAAGGAAGCGCCUUGAGCUUAUGUAGUGAUGAUGGUCGAAGCCCCUCACGAUUAAUCGGCAGUAGCGAUACCAGUAACGAUGGCGAUUUGCCGCCGACACCUACGAAACAGCAGACCGUACCGCGAACUUCCAGCCGAUUAAACCAGCUAUCGAAUGAGAGCCCUACAUUCAAUCGACGACUUCCCCCGUUAUCCGCAGUUGGAGCUAGUGCAGCAUCGCAGCAAGAUCAGGUCACUAGUUGUAAGUCGAGCCCCUCGAUGCAAUGUGAUGACAAUGCCAACCUAGAGGACAUUAUCGCUAUCGAUGAUGCUUCCGACUGGUCAACACCUGGUUCCCAAGGCACUCCCACCCCUAUUUCCCGUUUGUCAUCAUUCAACCAGUCGCGCAACAAGUGUAACCCAUCCUGCGCUCCCGCAUCGCUUGAGGCCAAUCCAACUAUCACCUGUGAUGAGCACCCCUCCAAUAUUGAUUUUGCUAAGAAUAAUUCCGUGUAUCCAGCGAGUCCAUUAGACCGAUUAGAAUUCGCAAAGCAGGCAUCUUCUCCUCGAACUCCCCAGGGAAACAUCGUCCCUCCUGAUGCAAGCCGCUUGUCUAUCUCUAACACGGCUGAUAACUUUUUGUUCCCCGGUACCGCCGACCGAAGCCUCAGUAUCCCCCCUGCGACUCCGACGACAAGACAGGACAGUGCCCCUAUGUUCCUCGAGCGACGCGCGAUUACACCUAUUAACGGACUUCCUUCUCAGGACCUGGAUGAGGGGCUGAUGUCACGCUUCGGCAAAGUUGAGUUUCUGGGCAAGGGCGAGUUUUCGCAAGUAUUCAAGGUUACCGAGACGACUCAGGCGAAUAGAGCGCCCCAGCAAGGUUUCUUUAGCACCCCAACCCAUCGUGUAUUUUCACCUUCAUCUGCUAAGGUGUAUGCGGUCAAGAAGCUCACCCUUCCUAUCCAAGGUAAGAAGGACAGGGCUCUUCGACUUCGUGAGGUUGGCGUAUUGGAAACCUUGAGAGGAUGUGAUCACGUUUUGCAGCUCAUCGAUAGUUGGGAGGAUGGCAAUUGUCUCUACAUCCAGACUGAGUUCUGUGAGGAGGGUAGUCUUGACGCGUUCUUGUCAUUCGUUGGCACAAAGGGUCGACUGGAUGAUUUCAGGAUCUGGAAGAUCAUGCUGGAAAUUGGCAAGGGAUUGAAACAUAUCCACGAUGCCGGUUAUAUUCAUCUUGACUUGAAACCCGCCAAUAUCUUUAUCAAUUUUGAAGGUACUCUGAAGAUCGGCGAUUUCGGAUUAACCACAUCGUUACCGCUAGAGAAGGGACCCGACCUAGAAGGAGAUCGCGAAUACCUGGCUCCUGAAGCUCUCCGAUCGGAGAUGGGCCAACCGGCGGAUGUUUUCUCCUUCGGUUUAAUCAUGUUAGAGAUCGCAGCCAAUGUUAAGCUUCCCGAAAAUGGAGCAACUUGGACUGGAUUGAGAGAGGGCGACUUUUCCGAAAUUCCGACUCUCACCCAAGAAACGGCACCGAUUGCGCGAGAUGCGACCGGAAUGCCGAUUGACGAUGGCGAACGUAGCACAGGCCUAUUUGGCGAUGAUAACGCCACGAAUAAUCGCCGCAGCUACAACUUCCGAAGCACAACUCGACAGUCUGGCGAUAUUUUCGGUCUAGGCCGAAAGAGCGAGUUGCAACAACCACCCGACUUCAUGAAGGAUCCUAACCAUCCUAACUCUCUCGACACGGUUGUGAAGUUGAUGCUUGCACCAGAGCCGGUGGCUCGUCCCACUGUCACUCAACUGCUUGGCCUGGAUGCAGCCUUUUGGGUCACAUAUCGUCAACGAGCGGCUGCAACGGUCUUUGAAGGAAACUGGGGCCCCGCAGAUGAGGUAGCAGCUCCCAUCUCGCUCGAUACGGAGAUGACCGAUGUUUAAGCACAUUACCAAGGUUGCCAGCCAUUUUCACAAGUUCAACAAACUUGUUCGGUCUGGCAUGAAACCUGGAUAUGCAGUAGUAGUUUGACACAGUGGUGGGCGGUUGGUCUUCCAGGUGUAUAUCGGUCAA